AUGGGAGUCGUUAACUUCUACACAAAAAAUCAUUUAUCACCUGUUUCUAUAUUAAGGAAUAUGAUGUAUAGCACAACUUCCAUUGAUAAAGGGGGUUACCAAAGGCUGGUUGAAAAACUAAAUUAUUUAUUUCAUACCGAGCCAAAUAUUGCAUAUAAAGUAAGUGCAGUGAGCCAAUUCAUGCACAAUUCGCGUAAACCUCACAUGGUUAAGCGCACAUUGAGAUACUUGAAGUCUGCUCCAAGUAGAAACCCUGUGACUUGGAUGUGUGGAAAACUGGUAGUAGCAAGAUCAAGUGCGGCAAAUGUUUACAGAGAAAAACUUGAAGCUGGAAUCAUUACUUUUCCAUUUGUAAAGUCGAAGAGCCAACUAGGAAAUGUCCUUGCUAAACCAGCAAGGUGUUUAGCAUCUCUCUUGUCAAGUUGGGUACGUGUGAUAUCCAUACACCAACUUGAGAGGUGUUGGAAUAAUUCAAUUGUAUAG